UUUUUUUUUUUUUCUGUUGCCACCUGGCUCGGUAUGAACGACCAACUUGUUUCUCUCUUGGCCUGCUGGUCGCCCUUCGCUAACUUCUUGAUUACGACGUUACCUUGGGUCAAUGGACACUGACGAUCUUCCCAGGGAGAAAUGUCUGUCAUGGACCUCAGUCCAAACGACGGCCUCAAGCUCCUUGGCUUGACAAAUUUACACGUGGCCGUGAUUCGGGGUGAGAAUCGCGAAGUCGCCAACAUCCUCGCACAGGGAAACAAAAAGGAGGUCAUCGAGUCUCGUGACUGGGAGGGCACAACUCCCUUGAUGACGGCGGUCCUCACGGGCCGGCUUGGGAUUGCUCGAAUGCUCUUACGAAACGGGGCUUCAAGCGAGGCUAAGGACCGAAAAGGGAACAAAGCUCUCCAGUAUGCGAGAUCCAGUUUCUUCAAGGAGAAACUCGUGAUUUACAAGCGGCUGGGAUUACCUCCGGUUUCCCGUAAGCAAGAAAAGAAGCAGCUGUCGAUCGCGAAGAUCUUAAGAUUCCCGAGAGCAUUGGAGUCCUGGUGCGUUCCCUCCCUCUUGUUUCCCUUUUCUCCCCAAUCCCGUACAGGUUGUAUACUAACACCACUCGUGAUGCAGCCGCCGUGGCGGCCGUCACAAAUACUCCGCCGCCAUCUUUUGCAAGGACGGCCAGAACUUGAGCGUCCUGAACCCGAGCUUGCAAUUUAAUAACGCAAAACAACGCCUCGAAAGAGCCACAGCCGGGUUUAUUGUGUCUGCCGCACUCCCCGGUGUGACGACGGCUGCCACGAGUGGAUGGCAACCCAAUGAGAGCAGGGGGGCGAAUGUUCUGAACAAUGCCAGAUAUACUCAGCUGGUCAGAGACCUUGCCGGUGUCCUGAAGU